GUAUAACAUCCCAGUGGACCACCUUUGGUCAAUUGUUUUGAAAGAUAAGAUGCUUCCAUCUGUUAAUGGUGAUAGAGGAAGGAAUCUGCAGCAAAAUCACCUUCCUGGUAACAGAAUUAUCAUCAACAGGGAUGCAGAUUUGUCUGAGAUUCAGACUCUUCAGUCAUCCCAUGGGAAACCUCAGGAUGCUGAAUUUAACAAAGCUAUCUCAGAUAAAAUGUCAAUCGCAAGAGAAAGUGCAAUGCAUUCUGAAACUAGACAUAGCUGCAAGAAAAGUGAUGAUGGAUUUAUAAAAAAGAACAAACUAGAAAAGCAUCUACAAACACUCAUGGAAAUGGCAUGUAGUCAGCUUAAUCACAACAACAGUGUAACAUUCAAUAUUAAUGAUUUAACUGAACAAUUAAGUCACAGUGGGAAAAGACAAAAUAAUGCAGUGGCAUUACAUGAGCAGAUAUGCAAUAAACAAAAGCUUUACAAAUGUGUCACAUGUGGCAAGAGUUUUACAGAUAGAAGGACUAUAAAAGUACAUAUGAUAAUGCAUACUGGUCAGAAGCCCUACAAAUGUACCAUGUGUGACAAGAGUUUUACAGAGAGGAGUAAUAUGAUAUGUCAUCAAAGUUCCCACAGUGGAGAGAAGCCCUACCAGUGCAGUGUGUGUGACAAGAGGUUUGCAUGGAAAAGGAGUAUGGUACUUCAUCAGUAUAUCCACACAGGACACAAACCCUACAAAUGCACCAUGUGUGACAAGAGUUUUACACAGAGGAGUAAUAUGAUAUCUCAUCAAAGAAUCCACAGUGGACAGAAGCCCUACAAAUGCAGUGUGUGUGACAAGAGUUUUGCAUGGAAAAGCAGUAUGGUACUUCAUCAGUAUAUCCACACUGGACACAAACCCUACAAAUGCACCAUGUGUGACAAGAGCUUUACGUGCAAAAGCACUAUGAAAAAUCAUCAGUCAAUCCACGCUGGAGAGAAACAUAACUGCAAUGUGUGUGGCACGAGCUUUAAAUACAAAAAUAGUAUGAUAUGUCAUCAGAUGAUCCACAGUGGGCAAACACCCUAUAAAUGUGCCACGUGUGGCAAGAGUUUUCUAAAGAAGAGUCAGAUGGUAAGUCAUCGUACCCACACAGGACAGAAACCCUACAAAUGCACCACAUGUGACAAGCGUUUUGCACAGAAAGGUCAGAUGGGGCGUUUACCUGUGAAGCAGCAUCUUGUUUGA